GAGACUCGACUCCACUAGUGACUUGUGAGGUUUGCUAUCCUUCUCUCUUUUCUACCGCCGCCGCAAAUUAGUUCUGCCUCAUCAACGGCGACCUCACCGCCGUCGCCGGCGACGUGUGACUCCAGACCACCCCUCUUCUCGCUGAAGUAUUUUCUCGUAGAGAGGCCGAGGCCUCGCGCUCUGCCGCCCUCUGCGGCAUCUGGACUGGCGUGGAGUGGAGAUCCAUCCACCCGCACCUGGCACGAUCCCUUCCUUCUCGUGUCGGUAACUGCCCUACGAUUGCUUGAACGGAUUGUUUACCAUACUACAAUACAAUCCAAUCCAAUCCAAUCGAAUCCAUGGUUGGGUUCGAUUCGGUUCUUGUUCGUCUUCGUCUUCGUCUUCGUCUUCGUCUUCUUCAGCGCGCAAGAGCGAUCUAGCCGUGCUGCGGGCUCAGUUUAUUUCCCAAAGAUUUUGGGGUUCAAGUGAACCCCCAUGCCUCCCAUCAAGCCCGCCCCUGAUGGCGCCGGCGGGGAUUACAUCAAAUGGAUGUGCGGCGCCGGCGGCCGCGCGGGCGGCGCCAUGGCGAACCUCCAGCGCGGCGUUGGCUCCCUCGUCCGUGACAUUGGGGACCCCUGCCUCAACCCCUCUCCAGUUAAGGGAAGCAAAAUGCUCAAACCAGAGAAAUGGCACACAUGUUUUGACAGUGAUGGAAAGGUCAUAAGUUUCCGUAAAGCCCUUAAAUUCAUUGUCGUAGGGGGCGUGGAUCCCUCUAUUCGAGCAGAAGUUUGGGAAUUUCUUCUUGGCUGCUAUGCCUUGAGUAGCACCUCGGAAUAUAGGGGGAAACUAAGAGCUGCUCGAAGGGAGAAAUAUCAUCAUUUAAUUAGGCAGUGCCAAAGCAUGCAUGCAAGCAUUGGUACAGGUGAGCUGGCCUACGCUGUUGGAUCGAAGCUGAUGGAUGUCAGGACUUUUCCUAAAGAAAUUGACAGUGGAGAAGAAGGCGACACAAGUCAGCAAGCAUCACAACAUGCACCUUGCGGUUUAGCAGCAAAUUCCAAUUUGAAUUAUGGGUCUGGUGGCACACCACAGUCUCAAAAAUGGAAAAGCUGUACUAAUUCAGCUCAACCAGCCGGUUUCAACAUACAUAACAGUAGCCCUGUUUAUGAGUCCAGUUUUAUGGUGCCUUCCACAGCAGUGAAUAAUUGCUCAAGACAUUCCGGAGAUUACGAUGACAUCGGUGAACCAAGGUAUGACAGUGAGACCUUCACUGAUUUUCCUUCCCUGCCUGGUACAAACUUGUUCUCGAAUGGUGGUGGGGAUAGCAAUGGAGUUGAAGAAAGUCAUUGUAGUUUCUCAGUUCCUGAAGAUAGGUUAAGGCCCCGUGAUGAACGCGUGCACAGCUUCCAAAUCAAUAAUAACAUAGAUCUCAUUAUAGAGUCAAAUUCAUUCUCCAAUGAUCUGUUUCGAGCGAGCAACAGUGACUCAGCCGUCUUUCACUCAGAUGCAUACAAGCAGGAUAGAUGGUUAGAUGAUACUAGCUAUAGUAGGGAAGUUAUAGAUUCGUUGAGGAUAUCUGAUGCACCAGAAGCAGAUUUAGUUGAUGGAACCAAAUCCAACAGUCUGAUUGCCAACAAAGAUAGAGUCUCCGAAUGGCUUUGGACACUGCAUCGGAUUGUGGUUGAUGUGGUGAGAACAGAUAGUCACCUUGAUUUCUAUGGAGAAUCAAAGAAUAUGGCCAGAAUGUCAGAUAUACUUGCAGUUUAUGCAUGGGUUGAUCCCUCCACUGGAUACUGUCAAGGUAUGAGUGAUCUGCUGUCACCUUUUGUUGUUAUUUAUGAGGAUGAUGCGGAUGCUUUUUGGUGCUUUGAGAUGCUACUGAGAAGGAUGCGUGAAAAUUUCCAGCUGGAGGGACCAACAGGAGUUAUGAAGCAGCUUCAAGCAUUGUGGAAGAUCAUGGAAUUGACAGAUGUAGAAUUGUUUGAACAUUUGUCAGCAAUUGGUGCUGAAAGCCUUCAUUUUGCAUUUCGGAUGCUGCUAGUGCUUUUUCGUCGAGAGCUAUCCUUUGAGGAAUCGUUGAUCAUGUGGGAGAUGAUGUGGGCUGCUGAUUUUGAUGAAGAUGCAAUCAGGCGUUUAAAAGUGAACUGUCUAGAACCGUUGCUAGUAGAUCUGAAGAAUGAUUUAUCAUGUGAGGUCAAAGAAGUACAUCAGGUGAACAGUUGCACUAGAAGAAAAUCCAAAUUCAGGAAAUUCCAUCGUAGAAAUGGUGAAAUCUGUGGAGCUUGCCAUCCUGGAGCAAAAUCCAGUACAAGAAAUCAUCUUUGUGGCUUGUCAGGUGCUACUAUAUGGGCAAGGCAUCAGCAGAUGCCGCAUCUGAGUGCAAAUGUAUUAGCAAGGAGUGGAGAUGACGAACUGCCUAUAUUCUGUGUAGCAGCAAUCUUGAUAAUCAAUCGCCACAAGAUAAUUAGAGGGACUUGCUCAAUAGAUGACGCUAUCAAGAUGUUCAACGAUAAUAUGCUGAAAAUCAAUGUAAAAAGAUGUGUCCGUUUGGCCAUCAAGCUGAGGAGGAAGUACUUAUACAAGUCACUGAAAGGAGGCUCGAGUGAUGAAAAAGAAAGUUUGGAGCAGCACUGACCAGAAGUCUGGUACAUCUCUGGGUUCUACUGUCACAAGGAAAUCUGUACAUACUGCUAUACUUGAACAAAAUAGAUGAAGGUGUGGAAGGAAAGAAAAGGAUCCCUCCUCCCACCAUGUUGCUGUAUUGUUGGUGUUGUGAUUAUUUUUGUUGUCCCCAUUUGGCGGGGAUCCAUGUCCAUGAUGAUUAUAUUUGUCUAUGCUGAGGCAUUAGGGCAGGCAAACCACACGGGAGAACAGAAAGAUCGAUGUGUAGAAAGAAUGAACCGAGCAAUCCAUUAUUUGGAGCAAUACUAGCGGUACAUUUUUUUGGCAUGAAAGUUCAUGUUGCCCAGAACGGGGCCUGGCUCGGCCCUAGCCCAAAUGUUCAUGUGUCGUCAUGCUUUGCCUCUGGCGACGCUCUUUGUCACAAUGCUGAUGGUCGUGUUGAGAUGAUGAGGUUUUUGCAA